GCCUUGACCAUGCCUCCACUCCCUUCCCUCCUCAUCCUUGCACUGCUACAACUAGUAGUAUUCACCUGUGUAAGUGCCGGGGCAUACUAUGGCCACAAGCAACAUCCUCAGCAAUACCAGCCAAUGCAGCACCUCCAACACAUGGGCAUGGGCAAGGAAGGAUAUCCCCAACAGCAGUACCUUGGCAAAGAGGGGCCCUAUAUACAGUAUCCCCAAUACAGGAAGGAGCUACCCCAGAUGCCAAUGCACAAAGGCAAAGAAAAUCCUCGCAAAGGGGGCGGCUAUAAUGGUGGCCAAGACAAAGGUCUAACAAUCCCUAGUGGAGCUGAGGGAAUUCCCCAGGGGGAGCCAUGCCCAGCUGGACCCCCUGGGCCAGAGGGUCCUCCAGGACCUCCUGGGCCUUCAGGUAAUGGACAGCCAGGACCUGCGGGGAGACCUGGAUCUCCUGGUCCACCAGGAGUGCCUGCAGUGGGAAAACCAGGUUCACCAGGACUACAGGGCAAGCCAGGAGGAAAUGGGGAGCCAGGGCCCCAAGGAGAAAUGGGUCCUAGGGGUGAAGAAGGGCCAGCAGGACAGCCAGGGCCUCAGGGUACCCCGGGACCACCUGGCCUACCUGGAAUAGGUAAACCAGGGGUACAAGGAUUGCCAGGCCAACCAGGGCUGAAAGGUGAGCCAGGACACAAAGGUCUUCCAGGACUACCGGGAUUACCGGGACCAAAAGGAGACAAGGGGAUGGGUCUGCCAGGCCAACCUGGUCACAAAGGAUUCCCAGGGCCCCCAGGUCCUGCUGGUCCAAGAGGGCUGCCUGGUUUUGGAAAGCCAGGGUUGAAUGGGGCACCAGGGCCACAUGGACCACCGGGAGAUAAAGGACAUCCUGGAGAGCUAGGGCCAGCUGGACCAACUGGUGACGGAGGACAGCCUGGCCCACCAGGUAUACCUGGUCAAGGGAAGCCAGGUGUAAAUGGUCUGCCAGGACAGCCAGGCCUGCAAGGUGUAAAAGGUUAUCCAGGACCACCAGGUUUGCCAGGAAAGCCAGGACUGCCAGGAUUUGGUAAACCAGGACUUCCGGGACCAAAGGGUGAUAAAGGUAUGAGUGGGCCACCUGGACUUCCAGGACCAAAAGGAGACAAGGGCUAUGGAGGACUACCUGGUAUGCUUGGACCACCUGGACCAAAUGGUCCAGCAGGUCCUACUGGCCCUAUGGGACCCCCAGGAGGUAUAGGCGCACCUGGUCCUAAAGGAGACUGUGGAAAAGGAGGACCUAAAGGGCUUGAUGGAGCCCAAGGGGAACAGGGUGCUCCAGGGAUACCUGGUAAGGAUGGUUUUCCUGGAGAGCAGGGAGAGCCUGGCCCAAGAGGUCUGCCAGGACCAAGUGGUCCCAAAGGAGAAAAUGGGCAUAAAGGACUACCUGGUAACCCUGGUCCUUCAGGACUUCCAGGGCCAAAAGGACAAGGUGGACUACCAGGUGAAGCAGGACCUCAAGGUCCUAAGGGAAUCCCAGGAAUGGAUGGCACAGCAGGACCACUUGGGCCUCCCGGUCUUCCAGGGCCAAAAGGAGAUAACGGUACACCUGGUUCACCUGGGCUUGCAGGUGUGGGGACCUCAGGUCUUCCUGGUCCCAUAGGACCUCCAGGCAAAGAUGGUCUAUCAGGACCCGCUGGACAACCCGGUCAGCCUGGGCUUCCUGGACCCCCAGGCCCACCUGGAGAAUCUGGUGUGUCUCCUGACAUGGCUGGAGUGCUUUCCCAGAUGGGCCCUGCAGUAGAUGGUGUCAAGGCUGGUAGUUAUGACAAGAUGGGCAAGUAUGGAGGCAAUGGGGCAGAAGUAAUGGGGGCCAGUGGAUUGGAAAUGCCAGCCUUCACAGCAAUAGUAACGACUCCAUUUCCACCUGUGGGCACUCCAGUUGUCUUUGAAAAGCUCUUGUACAAUGGUCGUCAAAACUACAAUCCCGAGACAGGAAUCUUCACCUGUGACAUGCCUGGCAUUUAUUACUUUGCCUACCACAUUCAUUGCAAAGGUGCUAAUGUGUGGGUGGCUUUGAUGAGGAACAACGAGCCAGUGAUGUAUACAUAUGACGAAUACAAGAAGGGUUUCCUCGAUCAAGCAUCAGGGAGUGCCGUAUUACCUCUACAACCUGGGGACACUGUGUAUUUACAGCUGCCCUCAGAUCAGGCAUCAGGACUUUAUGCUGGGCAAUAUGUGCACUCCUCCUUUUCUGGGUAUUUGUUAUAUCCGAUGUAA